CUUUUGUAUGCGAGUGAGCGUGCGCAGAGGCACUUGGGAGCUUUGGUCUCUGGUCAAUGGAAGACGUUGCAUCUGUGACACCAUACAGCAGACUUGGGCCAACGCUAGACACGCCGAGGGCCACGCUCUCCCGGCCGCGACAUUGACAGACGUCGACCUCACGCUACCAUCCGCUACGCUUAGCGACGCUACCACUACCACCACUGGCCGCGCAGGCACACGCAUAGCAGACACAGACAGCCCUGAUUGAGAGCCAAAUCCAGCACGGCCAGCACACACCACCGCAGCUCCGAAUAGCUCUCUCCGUACACACCGGAGCGAGGACUCCUCCUGCCCCAAUACCACUAAUGUAAUGCCCGUCGCUCGCUACUACCGACACUGUACGCAUACUCGGCAGGCGCUGCCUCAGCCACUGCCUCCAUCAUGAGCGCCGGCGACUUGAGUCUGUCCCAGUCGCUGGGCGGACUGCGCAUAGCCAACCCCGACGACACCGUCACCGUCACCUCGCCCACCUCAUCCACCGCUCCAUCCCCUCCCCCGAACAGCAGACCUCCACCGCCGUCCUCACAUUCAUCCGAGAGCACAGUCACGCCCUCUAUACAGCCUGCCAAUCUGCUGCCCCCGCUUUCUCAUGAGGCCGAGCAGAGCGAAGCUGGGCUCGGCUUCAACCCGGAUGAGUACACCACCCACUCACAAGACCUGUCGCCCGCACCACCACAAUACCCACCCAGACGGUCGCCUACGCAGGAUCAGCACGAGUGGAACGAUUCGCGGCCGAGCCAUCGUGCAAGUAUGCAGUUGACUUAUCAGGCCCAGCAAGUCGCUCAAUUCCCGCAGCAAUAUCCACAGCAGUACAAUCCGCAAUACCACAAUCCAACAGUGCAGAGCUUAGCAGGCCGGCCGACGAGCGCCAUGUACACCCAGCAGAAUUCUAGUCAGAGCUCCGGCAUGUCGGCCCAGAGCGGCUAUCGCUAUCGGGACGAUCUGGCUUCUUCCGACGGCAGUAGCUCAGGACUGGCGCGGAGUGGAUCGCGCUCUGCCAGACAGAUCAUGGCAGGAGGAGUUCCGCAAAGAGAAGCUAGUAGAUCAUACAGGCAGCCUGGCACACCUCUCAAUGGAGGCAAUGGCCCGCUACCGCCACGGGGGAACUCGAAGCGGGGACGCGCACCGACCGGAGGGUCGACGUCGACGGGAGGACGUGAUGGCGCAGAACAGUCAUAUGCAAGCCCAGCAUCAGUCCCGCGAUCACGAGAAGAAUGGGACGAGCGAGGAGCUGCAGUGAGUACACGAAGAGAAACGGAUGGUUCAGGCAAGGAGAGGACGCGAGUCAUCAAGAAGGGCGUCAAAGAUUUCAACUUUGGCCGAACGCUAGGAGAAGGCUCUUAUUCAACUGUGCUGGCCGCUACCGACAGGCAGACUCUGAAGGAGCACGCCAUCAAAGUUCUGGAUAAGAGACACAUUAUCAAAGAGAAGAAGGUUAAAUAUGUCAACAUCGAGCGGGACACUCUGAACAGACUUACUGAGCAUCCUGGCAUUGUUCGACUAUACUAUACAUUCCAGGAUGAACGAUCUCUAUACUUUGUCUUGGAUCUGGCAUCAGGAGGUGAGCUCUUGGGGGCGUUGAAAAAGAUGGGUUCGUUUGAUGUGGAGUGCACAAGGUUCUACGGUGCCGAGAUUUUGGAUAGUAUAGCAUACAUGCACAGCCGAGGCGUCAUCCAUCGCGACUUGAAACCCGAGAAUGUCCUGCUCGACCGCGACAUGCACGUCAAGAUUACCGACUUCGGCACUGCGAAAAUAUUACCGGACCCCAAGGCUAAUGGCUCCAACGAACCCGGCCAUUCUUCCGGCAAUCCGACAGAUGGAGCCGAGACAGAUCGCGCAGUGUCCUUUGUUGGUACUGCAGAAUAUGUCAGUCCGGAGCUACUUCGCGACAAGAACGCAUGCAAAGCUUCUGAUCUUUGGGCCUUUGGCUGUAUUCUAUACCAGUUGCUGGCUGGGCGACCUCCAUUCAAGGCAGCCAAUGAGUACCUCACCUUUCAAAAAAUCCUGGCACUGGACUACACCUUUCCAGAUGGCUUUCCAGAAGUCGCCAGGGACCUCGUAGAGAGACUGCUGGUACUGGAUCCAGCGAGUCGAUUACCCAUCGAGCACAUCAAGAACCACCAAUUCUUUGAUGGGGUGCAAUGGGGAAAGAGUCUUUGGCGGCAAAAGGCGCCAAGACUAAAACCUUAUGUGCCUCCCCCUGCGGAGCCGAUAAAGCUGAAUGGGUUGGACAUCGAAUGGUCACCUGUACUGACACAUAACAACGAAAGAAUCCUCAAGCUCGGAAACUUGAUAGUCACGGCAGCACCACAAUCGAGUAGUCCAAAUUCCAAGAAUGGAGAUGCGCAGACGCCAGAGAAGCCGAAAUUCUCACGCUUCUUCAGCAGCAACACGACGAAGAAGCGAGAAAGGCUGGUGUUGAUAACGUCGAGUGCAAGACUAGUGGUUGCCGCGGCAGGUGGAAAUGAGAAGAAGUCGAAAAUGGAGAUCAAUCUCGCUGCGCACGGAUCGACAUGCAAGAGCUGCGUCGAUUCCAAAGGACUUACAUACUGGACGAUCGAUACUCGAGACAAACACUACACCUUUGAAGAUCCACGCGCAACCACAGCAGAUCCGGCGGGCAGCAAAUUCUCAACGCAGGAGUGGAUGGAUGCUGUGGAGCAAGCACGAGAAGUGGCGAUUGCAACAUCCAUGACCAACUCAUAUUCUGGCGAAAGUAUGCUCAACGACUUCAAUGCGUCUACUCUAUCAAGCCCGGCAGAUUCUCUGGGUGGCGACGCAGCCAUGCCUCUGAGUGGACCAAGUGUGAACGAGAGAUACGCGUUGCGGCACACGUUGCGCAAAAACACCGACGAGGAAAGUUUAAAGGGCAGAAAGAGGUUCAGUAAACGACACAGCAAAAGUGGGCUUGCGGCAGUGUUCUAGUAGUUCGCUCCACGAGAGAGAAGCCACUGCUACGUGGGCGUGGCGUUGAGUGAGAACAGCACAGCGCCGAACGCGAACGCGAACGCCGUGUGGAGUUGCGCACGUGUGAGCUACAACGGCGUCCCUCACUUCCACCUCCGCAACGCCAACACGAAUACUCACGAACGCCGUGUUAGCUGCUUUCAAAGCUUGGCACAUACACCACACUACACCACACUACCUCCUUCUUGUCACCUUCUUUUUUUCACUCCUCCAUCCAUUACUCCAUCCACGUCACGACGUUACGAUCCUAUUGCAGCAGCGACAGCUUACGAUUUCUCAUUCUCUUCUUUCUGUCGCCUUUCACGAAAGGUCUUGCAUAGCUACUCCGCACCGUGUGGUGCUUUGUUUGUGGCGGUUUUAUCUUAGCAAGCGGGCGUCGUGCUUCUCCUUGUGUUUUGGGUCUGACGAGAUUCUGAACGUCUGGGCUAGAAUAAUGGAGUAGGCUGACUGAAUUUUUGAAUAUGUACGUUGCAUGGAUGCUGGCGAUUGAAGGGGCAAGGAAGGGAGGAAGGAAUGGGAUUGUUUUGGGGGUCUUUUCUUCCUUCUUCCAGCAUAGAAAAAGAAACAUUCGGUAUAUAUGUACUGCUUCCUGUCG